AUGGCUGAUUGGGGCCCGGUGGUGAUCGCAGUGGUGCUGUUCGUGCUCUUAAGCCCGGGCCUUCUCUUCCAGAUACCAGCGAGGGGAAGAAUUGCGGAGUUUGGGAACAUGCAAACGAGUGGAGCCUCCAUUUUGGUUCACGCCAUCAUCUACUUCGGCCUCAUCACCAUCUUUCUUAUUGCCAUUGGCGUUCACAUCUACACCGGCUAA